CUGAAGCCUUCUUUGUCCUCAUAUUCUUCUUAUACGCACAUAAUGGCCAGUCCCCGCCUACGCUCUCGCAUCUCUAACUUCUUGAAUCCCCUCCUCAGCCUAUUGUUCUGUACCGGCUCAUCGACCGGCAUUCAUACGAUCACGCUCACGCUCACGCUCACGCUCCUACUUCUCUCACCUCUUGUCGCCUCAACUACACUACCCGACUUCUUGAACUGGCACUCACCACUACCAGGGGACCUCCGAGGCCCCUGUCCAGGCCUCAACGCCCUCGCAAACCACGCCUUAAUCCCACACAACGGUCGGAAUCUCUCCAUCCCCCUCCUCGUCGACACUCUCGGCUCUGUCUUUAACUUAAGCCCCGAACUUGCACGCAUCGUCUCAUUCGGCGGCAUAGCUCUCGGCCCAGGCAAUGGCACCUUCUCCCUCUUAGACCUGAACAAACACAAUGCAAUCGAGCAUGACGGGUCGCUCUCGCGGGCAGACUAUAACCUCGGAGGUGACAAUUUCUCCCUCAAUCCGGCAAUCUUUGCGUCUUAUAUGCGGUGGUUUGAGGGAUCGGGGAAUAUGAGUCUCAACGCAGCUGCGGUGGCAAGGUUGAGUAGGGUGCAGACGGAGAGGUUCAGAGAUGGGGCGUUUGUGUAUGGGCCCAGUCAGCAGUUUAACUCAUACCUCGAGUCUGCAAUCUUGUGGCUCACGAUGGUUGACCCGGCGGAUGGCGGCACGAAGGUGGAGUUCGUGAGAACGCUCUUUGAAGAGGAAAGGUUGCCGUAUAAGGAGGGUUGGCGUCCGCCAAAGGCACAGAUCAAUGGCGCGAGCCUUGCGAGUACGAUACUGCAGCUUGCGCUGGCAACACCGGCCCAGAAUGUUCCCUGGGAUUUGACGGACUUGUACGCAGCUGGUUUGGGGCGAGGGGAGUCGGACGAGGGACGUAAUGGUGAUUCGAGAGCACAGCGAUACUUUCUUUCGUGGCACCUUCCUGGGGCGGACCUCUUCCUAUAGAAAGCCCACACUCAUGCCCUAACAUGAACCUAAACCAUACUUUCAUCGACCGCCUGUAACGCCUAGUACGAGAUAGGUGUGUACUUUCUUACCACUGUCAAAGAUGCCUCGACACACUUUCAAAGGUGAAAGGCCAAUUCGAGCAUUCGGCAGACUCACAAGACGUCCUUGGGUACUUCCUUUCACUACGUAAAUUUACACUAUACGAUUCAGUAAUAUACUCGUGUGCACUUCC